UAUGUCAUAGCAAUAAGUUUGAAAGUUACUUUAUUUAAACUUGUAAACUUAUUUUUAAAAACAAUAAUACCCUUAUUUUGGCAUAUGGUCAAUUCUCAAAUAUGUGUCAGAUAAAAAUGAGACACUAAAGUUUUUUACUGAACUGUAUUCUGUAAAUCAAAAUUUGUAAACUUCAAAAUGCCACUAUGUGAGAACAUUGCCAACAAUGUGUACCUAUGUAAAGAGGUCGUCGAUGAGCUAAAGAACAGAUACAUUUUACACUGGAAUUAUAAGGGUCUUAAACAGCUUCCAAUUGAACUGUUAUACCAUGGUAAACACAUCGAAGAAUUAUACAUGAAAUGGAACAACUUGAACACUUUGACUGGAUACACAAUAUGAAACUUCUAACCUCGAUGUUUCUCGUCGGUAAUGAUAUUACUACAUUACCUGACAAUAUAGGACUACUGAAAUUUUUAUCUGUACUUGAACUUCAAAGCAAUCAGUUGGAACAACUACCAAAAACAAUUGGACGCUUGAAAAACCUAAAUAUUCUGAAUCUUCAGAAUAACAAAUUAACUUUCAUUCCUACAGAAAUCAAAGAUUUGAAGGCACUGGCGAUAUUAAACUUGCGUGGGAACAAGAUUACACAUUUGCCUCCUCUUCUGUUUCACUUGAAAAGUCUCCAGGAACUAGUUCUUGAUAAUAAUCAUCUCACGAGUCUUCCUCUUGACAUUGUCUAUCUGCCGAAUUUGACAUUUUUAUCACUAAAUGGAAACAAGCUUAGGUUUUUACCUUUUGAGAAGUUCAUCAGCAGCCCAAUGAUAUCGAUUAUUAAUAAUUCGCAGCUUAAUUAUCUGUCUUACGAUCUAGGCUGUGCGAUGACACAACGAUGCAGCUUACUUACAAAUAGUAGUCUUUGGCAUUUUGAUUUAACUGGAUGUGCAAGUGAGAAUAUAAAAUCCGAUGAGUGUUUAAACAACAUUUUAAUAUCUAUACCGAGUUUUGACAAAAUAAUCACUCUCCCCAAAAUAAUUAGGAAGGUGUUUUAUUCCAGCAAUUUCCAGACACCAUCUCUAUUUGAACUCUCCCUGAGAAUAAUUCACGAUCUGUGCUUCAAAGUGAUAGACACUAGGCAAUGCCUAUUUCCUGAAAUUAUAAAUAAACUUCCGAUGACUAUAAAAAGCAUGUUGUAUGAAGGGCCAGUGGCAAAGUGUCAUUACUGUGAAAAAUCUCUUUUCACAGAAUGCAUUCUAUGGCUUAUGCAGAGAAAUUUUUAUGACCAGAUGCCUGCUAAUAUAUUGGGAUCUGUACUUUUCUGUUCCCCACAGUGCUCUAUAUCAUUUGUGCUUUUUGAGGAUUUUGAAAAAAUUCAUGACAGAUUGAAGUUCAACACAAUACCAUGGAAGCUGAUUGAACGUGAUCUGGAAACAUAGAGUAUUUUUAUACAAUUGAUCAAAAUAAAGUAUUUUUUUUAAUUUAAA